AUGCUAGAGCAGCAGCCGCAGCAGAAGAUGCAAUACUCCUACCUCCAGCAGAACGACCGUGCGUCGCCUCCGCAGCCGAGCUCUCCUGACGCUGCGCCCGCCACGACGGCCGCCGCGCCGCCGCUCGCCCCCGGCAGCAGCGCCGCGACGCCGGGGGCGGGCAGCACGCGCGCCGCCUACCGCGCGCCGCCACACCCCCACUACCACCUGCACUCGGCGGGCGACGAGCGCCGCCACGGCCCCUACUUUGAGGACGGGCCGGGCCCGCACAACGUGACGGCGCGCGUCGGACACACCGUGCUGCUCGACUGCCGCAUUGGGCUGCUGCAGGGCAAGACGGUGUCGUGGCUGCACCGGCGGCACGACGCGCUGCAGCUGCUGACGGUGGGCCGGCAGGAGUACAGCGCCGACCAGCGCGUCACGCUCAGCUUCCGUUACCCCGGCAACUGGCGGCUGCGCGUCGAGUACGUGCGCCUGCGCGACCAGGGACUCUACGAGUGCCAGGUGGCCACGCACCCGCCGAGGGUGCUGCGGAUCUAUCUCACCGUCACCGCGCCCGAGGUGAACGUAACGGACGACAAGGGCCACCUGGUGAGCGAGCGCUACUACAAGGCGGGCAGCGCCGUCGAGCUGACGUGCGUCGCGACGCACCUGCAGGGUCCGCAAGAGGCCGUCGUCUGGCGACACGGCGACGCCACACUCACCACCGGCGUCAGUACAAACGUGAGCGACGAACAGGACUCCAUGGUGUCGACGCUGACCAUCGAACGCGCGCAGAAGAGGCACUCUGGCAACUACACGUGUGCCGCCGGCGGCGCCGCCUCCACCACCGUCGCCGUGCACGUGCUCAACGGUCAGCUGCCGGCGGCUGUGCAGCACAACGGCUCGGGGUCUCGCCCGGCCAGCGGCGCAGCUGCCUGCCUGCUGCUGCUUCUGCUGCUUCUGCCGGUGGUGAUGGCGCUGCCCCCGACCGCUCCAGGCCGGUGACGCUAGCUGACGGGCCGGCGACGCCCCUCUGCUGCAGCUGUCCACAGGUUUGUCAUCGGAAUUUUGGACGCGCAAAUGGAUCUGGUGCGGAAAUGAAGACAGAUGAAACUGGAGAAAGAAUGUAUAGCAAGAGACCUUGCGGAGAGAGAAAACGCUAUUCUCCAAGAUUUAAUAUGAGCCACCACUGAAGAGAGAAAAGAUUAUAUGGAGAGAACUGAUUACUUCAAGACCAAGCUCCGCCUUUGUUAAGUGGGACAUAGGGGGCGUUUUCUUUGUACAAGAUGUCUUUGCAUAUCUCGAGGGACACUGAACUGUCGGAGCUACUGAUUUGCCAGGCUGAUGACCUCGUUCACUUCGCUGAGCUUGUUCACGUGACCGGCAAAAGUACCUCAGUAGAACAUGUGGUUUAUAGAGAAAACUCU